GAAUCUCUUUUUAAAGAAAGAGGAAGACGGUGAGACGGGAGCUAUCUUCAUGAUUUUAGUGUUCUCGCAAUGGAACAAUGCGUUGCAAAUCGUGCUGAUAUGGAAGAAGAAGAAGAAGAAUUUCCAGACGAAUUCCAGUGUUGCGUUUGCCUGGAUAUCACGUACAAGCCUGUGGUUUUAGCUUGCGGUCACAUUUCUUGCUUUUGGUGUACAUUUAAAGCCAUGGACAGUUUGAUGCAGUCUCGUUGUCCUGUUUGUCGCAACCCGUAUAAUCAUUUUCCUAGAAGCUGUGGAUUGUUGCAUUUUUUAAUCCUCAAGUUAUAUCCAUCGCCCUACAAAAGAAGGGCAAAACAAGUUGCAGAAGAAGAAAAGGAGAUUGGAUAUGCAUCACCGCAAUUUGAGGGAAACAUUAUUGAAUCUCAAUUAGGUGAAGUGGAUGGCGCCCAAGAUGCCACAGGUGAAGGAGAUCAUCUAUCCAUUAAAGAUUUUUCACAACUAACUUUGCCUGAAGACAAUACAAGUAUCCAACCAACAUCAAGCUCUCAAACUACUACAAAUGAUUCCAACUCUAUCUCGAGAAGUACUAAAAAGGUCCUUGAAACCGAUGUAGAAUGUGCUGUUUGCAAACAACUAUUGUAUCGCCCUGUUGUUCUUAACUGUGGUCAUGUUUAUUGUGAGUCCUGUAUUCAACCAGACGAUAGUAUCUAUAGAUGCCCAGGGUGCCAAAGUUCACAUCCAAGAGGGAUUCCGAGCGUGUGCUUAUUACUACAUCAAUUCCUUGAGGAAUAUUUUCCUGAAGGAUAUUCGGGAAGGAAAAUAUCUUUAGCCCAUAGCCACAGUCAUAGCCCAUCUGGAAGCUCAGCAGGAAAACAGGAGGAAAGUGCCAAAGCUUCGGUUCAGCGAGCCAACUUUCACCCUGGGGUUGGUUGUGAUUAUUGUGGGAUAUGUCCUAUUACGGGAGUAAGAUAUAAAUGCAAAGACUGCGUGGAGAAAAUUGGUUUCGACCUUUGUGAGAGUUGUUACAAAAUUUCCGCCAAGCUUCCCGGUCGAUUUAACCAGCAGCAUACUAUGGACCACAAGUUUGAUGCUAUACGACCACAACCUAAUGAUUUUAUUAUGGUGCUGUCAAGCUUUGGAGCUGAACUGUCUGCGGAAGAUGACGGAUCUGGUUUUGGCUCAGAGGACGACGGUGUAGCUUAAUUUAAUACAUCGCCAAGGUGGAUGUUCCAUAAGAAGCAGCUACACUGAUACCAAAUACCUCUUGAAACGGUCGUUUAGACGAUCAGGUUAGCAAUUCUGCCAUUCCUCUUCAUGAAAGAUGACUCUGCCUGCUUGGAAUGUUUUAAUACCCUUAAAUUGAUUGGAAUGUUUUAAUACAGUUGUAGUAAUGCUAUUAUUAUUAUCUGUUUCGGACAUCCAAGAAUUUGCAGUAAAAUAUUUGGGAUCCUUGAAUUA